ACGUGUCUAGUCUGCUGGUAAGAAGCAGAAAAAGAAGAAGCAGUAGCAGAAGAAGAAGGUUUCUAAACUGAAGAAAGGAAAGCAAAAUAUUUAGCCUACCACCUUCUUUUCAACACUGAGUUCACUGCAUUACCCCUGCAGCCAUGCUGACCUGUGAAAUCUGUGGUGAGGAGAUAAUGUUGGAAGAGGACAUGAAGACGCAUCUCCUUCUCAGCCACCUGGAAAAUAACAUGCAAUGCCCACUCUGUUCCCUGUCUGGAGUGUCCUACGAUGAGCUCUGCUUCCACAUCAGUUCUGCACAUCCAGAGAAGCAGCACAGAGCACAAGAUCCAGCUCACUUGACAUCCACUUCAGACUGCUCUGCUGGAACACACGCUGGUGUAAGUGAAAGCGAGACGCCACAAACAGCCUCAAAGUCAUCAUCUCUAUCCCGCUCGGCUGGGGACAGCUGUGAUACAGCUAGUGAAGCAGCUGGUGCCUCUAGUGUCACCACAGACUCAGUGCAACCAAAACAGGAUAGUACACCAGAAAGUGGAGGUCUAACCCUAACAUCUGGGAAGACUGCAUCCAUCACUUCGACUCUGACAACACGGAGCCCUAAAACAAUACAGGGGUCUUUCAGGCAUUGUAAUGAGGACGAUAAUGGAAUUAAAUCUGACCACAGCAAAGCCAAACAGAAGCGUCUGUCUUCACCAAGAAAAGAGAAGCUGUUUCCCUGCCCCAUGUGUGAACUGGUCUACAGCAACUGUUCCAUCCUGCAGGAGCAUGUUGAGUUGCAUCUGCAGGAACAGCACUCGGGAGAGAAGAGAUUUGAGUGCCCUAUGUGCUCUGUGGUCUGCAAUGACAGCUUUUCUCUGCAGGAACAUGUGGAAUUGCAUUUAGAUCGCAGAGCAGCUGUGAACUCUGCAGGGAGCUCGUGCUCAGACCUGGAGCUAGCCAGACAGCUUCAGCAGGAGGAGGAGCAGAGGGGUAGGCAGGAAGGGGCCCGGCAGGAGAGAGAGGAAUUCAAGAAGCUGCAGAGGCAUUUUGGACUAGAUGGCAGAGGAGGCUACUGCAGACAGGUGGAAAGGACCAUGGAGAGAGAAGUGGCCAGGGGUCUUAUGUCCCCCACAGAGUUUCACUGUAAAAGGGCUGAAAUGAUGGAGUCUCUGGCCUUAGGGGUUGAUGAUGGCAGAACCAGAACUCAAGGUGUGGUCAGAGCCUUAUAUGAAUACUACCAGACUGAAUGCAAAGACUGUGUCCAUGUGUGGCUGAGUGCUGACACCGACCACUUCUGCUCCUCAGCAGGGGACAAAGGCUGGGGCUGUGGAUACAGAAACUUCCAGAUGCUCCUCUCCUCUCUACACAGAAUAGACACAUAUGCUCUCAUCCUACAAGACAAAGCAGUGCCUAGUAUCCCUCAGGUGCAGAUUAUGAUUGAGGCAGCUUGGAAAGAAGGACUGGAUCCACAAGGUGCCUCCCACUUCAAUCAGCGGCUGCAGGGAACGCGAGCCUGGAUUGGAGCCACAGAGAUCUUCACCCUCCUCAUCUCUAUGGGAAUCAGUGCCCGCAUCAUCGACUUCCACCAGCCGACGGGCCCAGGUGGCACCCACCCGUGCCUGUUUGACUGGGUGAAGCAGUACUUCUGUCAGUCCAGCAGGAGCAGCAGACUGCCCCCCAGACUCAUCCACACCUCCCUGCCCCCUCUUUACCUGCAGCACCAAGGUCACAGCCGCUCUAUAGUGGGCUUGGAGCAAAAGAAGAACGGGAGUCUGUGCCUCCUGCUUCUGGAUCCUGGCUCCUCAGUUUUCGACACCAGGAUGCUGUCGAGCAAGGGCACCGUUUCCACAGCCAUCCGCCACAUCAGAAAGUUCCCUGGUAGCCUGAAGCACAAACAGUACCAGCUUGUGGCAGUGCAAGGCGUGUUGUCUGCUGAGGAGAAACAGAUUAGCAUCUUGAACUCCAGGACAUUAAGCGCUGAAAGGAUCCCAUGAACAGACUUCAUCGCUUCUUGUUUUUUUAUUGUGAACACAUGUCUGAUUUCAGACUUCAGGAACUAUUUAAUAUUGUCAUUUGCUAAUAAAUUGUAUAUAUUUUUUUAAAUACA